ACCACAGACCGACCGAGCGCUGAGCCGAGGAGGAGUACCGACGCUGCCGAACAAACGCUGGGAAAUUACGCCUCUCUGCCGCGGGAUUCUUCUGGGAGUUUGUCCGUGAACGAGGACGAUGAAAUAGCGUCGACAGGAGGAGAAACUUCCACCGGAUGAAUCGGAGAAAGGAAGAGAAAAGAUCGGUGGUUGUGAUGUUGGUCUGACCUGACUUCCACACUACAUUUCCCAUGGAGCCGUGCGCAGACACUGUUCUACCAUGGAGCCACCAGUCAGGGUUUUGGACCCAAAGAGCCAGUGAGACACCAGAAGACCUGAUAUUGUGAUAUCAUCCUCCAACAGCCUGCACCCAUCCCAUUGCCUCCUCCCUCCAGCUCACCAUCUUCCCAACUCCCAGACUCUUGCUGUGGAUUAAAGAGUCGGUCCAACACACUGACUAGCUGACAAGAAGCUCCUGUUAGGAGAGCACAGCUCAGUCUGGGCCCAGGUCUGGUGCAGUCCGGUGUCAGGAUGACAGGUCUACCGUUCUGUUUGGCUGUGAUGGCCACCGCUGUCCUGCUGUUCCUCAGAACUGACGCUGCAGGUCAGAACCCGGACCAUGUCCUGCAGGGGACGGGUGUGAAACCCGAGGCCCGGCGGCCCGGAGAGGACUCCACCAUUGCGCCUGAGGACCUCCCUCGAUCUCUCAGCUGCUACUGCUCCGGACACUGUCCAGAUGAUGCCACCAACAACACCUGCCAGACUAAUGGUCAGUGUUUUGCCAUCAUCGAGGAAGACGAGCUCGGAGAAGUCCAGCUCACCUCCGGCUGCAUGAAGUACGAAGGUUCACACUUCCAGUGCAAGGAUUCUCCCAACGCUCAGACCAGGAGGACGAUCGAAUGCUGCACCACAGACUUCUGUAACAGAGACCUGCAGCCGACCCUCCCUCCUCAGGACUCCACAGAAGGAAGCCCCCACUGGUUGGCCUUCCUCAUCUCCAUGACGGUCUGCUGCUGCACUCUGAUCUGCAUCACGGUGGUCUGUUACUACAGAUAUAAAUGGCAGAGCGAGCGUCAGCGAUAUCACAAGGACCUGGAACAAGAAGUCUUCAUCCCUGCGGGAGAUUCACUCAAAGACCUCAUUCAUCAGUCGCAGAGCUCCGGCAGCGGCUCAGGACUCCCCCUGCUGGUGCAGCGAACCAUCGCCAAGCAGAUCCAGAUGGUGCGUCAGAUCGGUAAAGGGCGUUACGGUGAGGUGUGGUUGGGCCGCUGGAGGGGCGAAAAGGUGGCCGUCAAAGUCUUCUUCACCCGAGAGGAGGCUAGCUGGUUCAGGGAGACGGAGAUCUACCAGACGGUCCUGAUGAGACACGAGAACAUCCUCGGCUUCAUCGCAGCCGACAUUAAAGGCACCGGCGCCUUCACGCAGCUCUUCCUCAUCACCGACUACCACGAGAACGGAUCUCUGUACGACUAUCUGAAGCUCACGACGCUCGACACUCAGGCGCUGCUGCGACUCGCCUACUCGGCCGCCUGCGGACUUUGUCACCUUCACACCGAGAUCUACGGCACGCAGGGAAAACCGGCCAUCGCCCACCGAGACCUGAAGAGCAAGAACAUCCUGAUCAAGAAGAACGGAACCUGCUGCAUCGCCGACCUCGGACUUGCCGUCAAAUUCAACAGCGACACUAACGAGGUGGACAUCCCUCUGAGCACCCGGGUGGGAACGAGGCGCUACAUGGCCCCUGAAGUUCUGGAUGAGAGCCUCAACAAGAACCACUUCCAGGCCUACAUUAUGGCCGACAUGUACAGCUACGGCCUCGUCGUCUGGGAGAUGGCAAGACGCUGCGUCACCGGAGGUAUCGUGGAGGACUACCAGCUGCCGUACUAUGAGAUGGUUCCCUCUGAUCCUUCCUAUGAAGACAUGCUGGAGGUGGUUUGUGUUAAAGGUUUAAGGCCUACAGUGUCCAACCGCUGGAACAGCGACGAGUGCCUUCGGGCCAUGCUGAAGCUCAUGUCCGAGUGUUGGGCCCAGAACCCGGCGUCCCGCCUCACUAUCCUCAGAGUCAAGAAGACGCUCGCCAAAAUGGUGGAGUCCCAGGACAUCAAGAUUUGACCGCCCUCCUCUUCCUCCUCCUCUGAGAACCACCUCCACCACCAGACUCACCUGACACACCGUACUGGACCGGACCGGACCAGACUCCUUCCUUCAUCAGGAGGAGGAAGAGGAGGAGCAGCUGGGAGAUAAAUGAAAAAGGACCCUCCUCUGGGCUGAACUGUCUCCUCCUCCUCCUUUCUCCUCCUUCAGCCUUGAAACAAACAUGGAGUCCUUCCUCCUCCUCCUCCUGGUUCUGCUGAGCGAUGCAGCCGGGUUUGACGCUUUCUGUGAAAGCCAAACGAGACGAUCAAUUCGAUGAUGACUUCCUGUGGAGGGGAGAGGAGGGGGCCUCGCUCCACCACCUCUGCCUGUUUCAAAAUGCCAAUUUGUUGUUUUGUUUUUAUUUUUCUCUUCAGGACUUCGUUCUCCUGCCAUAUUGAAAUAUAUCUCCACUCUUAAAGUAGAGUUAAUUAUAAAGAAAAAAUACGGUACUAUUAUAAUAUGUGAAUUUUAAUGUGUAAAUAAAUGUUACCAUUAGAUGCCGUGCCUACUCAUGAGAAGAUUUAAGAACCAGAACACUAUGCUGCAGUGGUGUCGACGUCCGGCCGACUCCUCGGAGACGCCGACGGGAGACGAAGGAGUCGGAGACGUCUGCCGUCCUGUUUGUCUGUCUGUCCACUUCCUGCUUCUGUCUGUCUGUCUGUCCGAUAGGAGACGUGCAAAGAGCUGCAGCUGCUUCGGCAAAAUCUCAUUGGAGUUGAACAGCAGUGGGUGGAGCUAAAAAACAACAAAAUGAUUAUUAUUGUCAUCCAGGAUAAGAAGGUCCAACAUCUCUGAAUCCCCACUAGACCUCCAGAUGGAGUCAAAUCAAUAAAUAACAACAAAUAAUCAGCAGCAGCUGUUUUGACUAUGAAUUAAUCAUUUCUUUGAGUUUUCAAGCAUGAAGAGUGAUGAUAUUCCAGAUAAUCUGAGGAUUUGCUCCUUUUCUGUACCUAUUGCCCUUAACUAGAUAUUUUUAUCAACAGUCCCAGAUAAAUUAAUAAUGAUUCGAACCAUCAGGCGUCUCCCUGUAGUAAAUCAGGUGUUGUAACAGUAAAUGCAUUUGUAAGUUAAAACAAACAUUCUUCAAUUGGACUGAGAAAUUACUGUGAAUUUUCUUCAAACAUGAAUUUAACAGAAAACUGAUUAUUUGCCUUUUUUAAAUCAAGAUCUUUAUAGCACUAAUUCCUAAUAAUACGGUUAAUUAAAUUAAUGCAAACAGAAAAUUGAUGGAUGGGUUAAGCAAUUAAAAUUUGCUGUUAGCCAAAAUUUUUAAAAUCAGUUGACCGUUUCAUCUUCGUUUGAUGGUUUUAACUACAAAAUAUUAACAUCUUUGCAUUUAUAGACGGACAAAAACUAACUAAAUCAGCACCGUUUAGUACUUUUGAGGACACUUUUAAGGAAACUGUUCUUCUAAACAUCAACAGGCAUCAAUUUUUUUCCACAAAUACUGAACACAAUGUUGAUAUUAUCAUGUGUUACUAAGAAACUCCAUAGUUUCAUCAUUCCAAAACAGUUGCUAACAUUAGCUUCCAGAUUAUCUUGUCAUAUAUGAUGGUUUCUGCCGCCAGCUGCCUUCUCAUCCUGGGAAAAACACAAGUAAACGAGUUAUUCAGCUAAUUAAUUAGGCAUUUCUGUGACAACUUGCAAACUAGAAAAACAUUUAGCUGGCAUUUUAGCUUAGCACAGCUAGCUCAGAGAUUCUUCUCUGGACAUGAAAACGUUAAAUCAGAUGUUUUAACCAAAGAAUUGUGGUUAAAAAUGGAAGUUAUUUUCUCUACUCCCUCUGGUCAACAAUUAGAAUCUAAUCUAGCUUACAUUCCUAGUUGUUUUGUAGUUGUUGGCUUGUCAGUGAGGCUAAAUAUAAACUAGCAACAGUUAGCUUCUCUAAAAUAAUUAUCUAAUAUGCAUUGAUUUUUUGGCUCCUCCCACUGAGGUUUAACUCAUCCAAUCAAAUUAUUUUGUUGGUAAAAAUCAAACUGAAGUAACAUUCAUUUUUUUUCCAAACUAGAAGUCUUCAUUAAGAACCCCAAACUGUCAGCUGGAAGUCAUAAAUAAUGUAUGUUAUACAUGUUGGGGCGGAGCUACACAUAAUGGGCGGGUUUAUUAAAGUGGCUCCACCCACUAAAACAAUGUAUGACUGAACUGCAAUUCCUGAGAUGUUGAUGGCUACAAGCAACUAUACAACUAAUUUAAUUUAAUCUUAAUUAAAUAGCAAAAUGAGUACCAGAGUUUAAUGACAACAACAGUGGAAAAUAAAGAAAGCUAUUAUUUUGGUUGAUCAUGCAACAAGAAUCCUAAAUACUUAAUGAAUUUUAGGGCCUCCAAAUUUACAGUGCAGUAAUUUUCUUUAUCUAAAAUGCUGACAGUCGUGGUGUUUUGGACUGUUCACUGUCGUGUGACUUUUUCAUAGUCUGUUAGUGCUCUAAUAUAUUUAAUCGACAAUAAAAACUAGAUGCUAGCUGUUUAGCUGCAGCAGAUUUUUAUCUCUUAGAAUCUACAGAAUCUGGAUCUCAGCUGUAUAACGUUAGCUUAGCCAGCAUUAAUUAGCAUUUUAUGUGUCAUCACAAAAAAAAAACUGUCUCAUCUCAUUUUUUUUUGUUUUUAAUAAAUGCGUUGCAUGUUCUUUUAAUGUGUAGCUUCACUCUGACUUCCAGCUGGCAGCAGAUGGCGCUUUGAUUCAACAGCACUACAGUAAACAGAAGUUCUUUUAAAGUUUAUUUUGGGUCUGUUUACUUCACUCUUUAAGAAUAUUUGGGAAACUGCUCCUGGUUGUAUUUAGCAUAGCUUAGCACAAAGACUGGAAGCGGGUAUAAAUUGCUAGCCGAGGUCACUGAAAAGACAGAAAUUCACCUUCUGGUGCUCCGACUGUGUCAGAUUUACAUGUUUUAUCUGGUUUGUUGUGGUUUCAGCAGCAGCUUGGUUGGUUUCUCUGGAUGUAGCGACGCUAAUGGUUUCCCCCUGCUUCCAGUCUUUGUGCUAAGCUAGGCUAACGACGCCCAGAGCCACUCAUUGUCCUAACAUGUUCCUUUUACUGGUCGGCAGCAGGAUGACGUGCUCGUGUCGGCUCGGUGUGCAUGUUCACUGUGUGUGUGAAUGACGCUAACGUUCAUACAGUAGCUAUUUAAGAGCAGUAACUUUAGUGUUUUUCUGUGUAAUAAAAGCCCAGUAUAGGAAUAAUCUCCAAUAUGUACAUCUUAAAUGUGUUUUUUUUUUGUUUUGGUGUUGUUGUUGUUUUGUACAGCAUCUGGUUUGGUGCCUUAUGAGUUUACCAAGGAAAGGAAAAACUCUGUAUACAGUCUGUCCAGUGUACCGAUUUUUAAGUAAAUAACCUUAUUUUAGUACACAA